GAUGACGUCGGGCUCCAAGCUCGCCUCCGCCAUCUCGCUGAGCAAGGACACGGCUCGCUGCCACUGCCCCCCCUUCUCGCACGCGCUGAUCCCAGCGUUGCAGCUGAUGGCGUUCGGCUCCAAGUGCCCCUCCCGGAUCUCGCGGAGCAGCGCCAGGGCCCGCUGCCACUGCCCCCGUUUCUGGCACGCGCUGAUCACAGCGCCGUAGAUAGACGAUGUUGGGCUCCGUCGUCGUCUCCCGCAUCUCGCUCAGCAGCGCCAAAGCCCACUGCCACCGCCCGCUCUUUUCGCAAGCGCUGACCCCAGCGCUGUAGCUGAUGACGGUGAGCUCCAUCCUCGCCUCCCGCAUCUCGCUGAGCAAUGCCAGAGCCCUCUGCCACUGUAAGCCUUUCUCGCACGCGCUGACCCCAGCAUUGUAGAAGAUAUGGUAUUGGGCUCGAGCUUCGCCUCCCGCAUCUCGCUGAGCAGCGCCAAAGCACGCUGCCACUGGUCGCCCUUCUCGCACGCGCUGAUCCCAGCGCUGUAGCUGACUAGGAUGACAGUUGGCUCAAGCUUCGCCUCCCUCAUAUUGCUGAGCAACCACAAAGCUCUCUGCCACUGCUCUCCCUUCUCGCAUGCGCUGAUCCCAGCGCUGUAGAUGACUAGGAUGGCAUUGGGCUCGAGCUUCGCCUUCCGCAUCUCGCUAAGCAGCGCCAAGGCCCACUGCCACUGGUUGCCGUUCUUGCACGCGCUGAUCCCAGCGCUGUAGCUGACUAAUGACGUUGGGCUCCAGCUUCGCCUUCCACAUGUCACUGAGCAGCUCCAGAGCACGCUGCCACUGCCCGCUCUUGUCGCACGCGCUGAUCCCAGCGCUGAAACUGACGACGUCGGGUCCCAGCUUCGCCUCCCACAUCUCGCUGAGCAGCGCCAAAGCCCGCUGCCACUGCCCGCCCGUCUCGCACGCGCUGAUCCCAGCGCUGAAUGAAGGCAUCGGGCUCCAGCUUCGCCUCCCGCAUCUCGCCGAACAACACGAGAGCCCGCUGCCCCUGCUCGCCCUUCCCGCACGCGCUGACCCCAGCGUUUAAAGAAGACGACGUCGGGCUCGAGCCUCGCCCCCCGAGCCCUGCGGAUCAGCGCCAAGGCCUGCUGCCACUGCUCGCCCUUCUCGCACGCACUUAUCCCAGCGCCGUAGGUAGAUGACGGUAGGCUCCAGCUUCGCCUUGCA